CGCAGCGGAGGGCGCGGGGCAGGCCGGCGCCGUAGACGCCGGGGACGGUGGCUCGCUGGUUCUCUCCGACGCUGGUGAGUCCCAAGAAUCAAAUUGCUGGGUUAUAUGAUCAAAUGAUGCUGUUGCAAAAAAUCCCCCAGCAACUGUGCGGCUUAAAGAAAUGCCCAUGGUCAUGUGAUUCCAGAUACUUCUGGGGCUGGUUGAAUGCAGUAUUUAAUAAAGUGGAUCAUGACCGCAUCAAGGAUGUCGGCCCCAACAGGGCUGCGUCUGAGUGGCUGCUGCGCUGUGGGGCCACCGUGCGCUACCACGGCCAGGAGAGGUGGCAGAAGGACUACAACAACCUCCCAACAGGCCCUCUGGACAAAUACAAGAUUCAAGCCAUCGAUGCCACUGACUCCUGCAUCAUGAACAUUGGAUUUGAUCACCUGGAGGGCCUAGAGCAUGUUGAAAAAAUCAGGCUGUGCAAGUGUCAUUACAUCGAGGAUGACUGUUUGAAGAGGCUUGGUCAACUUGAAAAAUUACAGAAAAGCUUAUUGGAAAUGGAGAUAAUUUCCUGUGGGAAUGUCACAGACAAAGGCAUCAUUGCUUUGUGUCAUUUAAGAAACCUCAAGUAUUUGCUGUUAAGUGAUCUUCCUGGAGUCAGAGAAAAAGAAAAUCUUGUCCAAGCCUUUAAGACCGCACUGCCUUCUCUGCAACUAGAACUGCACUUGAAGUAAAAGAGUAGUGGCCAAACUUUACAUCUCACUCAGAUCAAAAAACUGCUGCCUCAUCCCCUUUGGGACAAGCGACCAAAACCAGAGGGGGCUUCAGCACCUUGUGGGAAGUGAACUGAAACUCGGGUUUACUUUCAUGAAAAAAUGUUUUGAAAUCUCCACGUAUGGGGGACUUCAAAAAGGCUGUGGAAAAAAGCUACACAUGGAUUUCAUGUUUUUUUGGUUUUGUUUUGUUUUUUUUUUUUUUUGCACCAAAAUAAUUUUAUGUUUUUUCCCCCCUAAGAUUUAUUUAUUUAUUUGAAAUUCAGAGUUACAGAGAGACAGAGUGAGAGCUUCCAUCUGCUGGUUCACUACCCAGGUGGCCGCAACAGCCAGGGCUGGGCUGAUCCAAAGCCAGGAGCCGGGAGCUUCAUCCAGGUCUCCCAUGUGGGUAGCAGGGGCCCACACACUUGGGCCAUCUUCCACUUCCCUUCGCAGGCCAUUACCAGAGAGCUGGGUAGGAAGCCAGGACUUGAACCAGCGCCUGUAUGGGAUGCUGCGGCAUCAUAGGUGGCAGUUUACCCACUAUGCCACAGUGCCAGCCCCAAUUUGUCUUUUAAUUCUCUUUUUGCAUUAACUUUCCGAAAUCCCUCACAUAUCCUCAAAUGUCUUCACCCUGGACCUCAAUGAGCUUCAUCAUGAACGUGAUUCUCUGUACCUUAAAACCUUCCUGGAGUGCCAGUUCGAUUCCCAGCUGCUCCAGUUCCAAUCCAUCUCCUGACCAAUGUGCUUGGGAAGGCAGUGGAGGAGGGCCCACGCCCCUGGGAGACCUGGAUGAAGCACCUGACUACUGGCUUUAUCCUGGCCCAGCCCUGGCUGUUGCCGCCAUCUGGGGAGUGAACCAAUGGAUAGAUCUCUCUCUCUCUCUCUCUUUCUCUCUGUCAAUGUCAUUCAAAUAAAUAAAUAAACUUUGAAAAACAAAAAUACCCUCUUCCAUCAGGGCUGGCAGGGUGCCCUAAAGCCACUGGAGGAAAUGCAGCCAAGAAAGGCACCAUGCCCCUGCAGGGGCUUCGAGGUGCCCGACCCAGCAUGCAACAGAAUCACGCCGUCAGCAGGUGUUUACCGCCUGCUGUGUGUGGAUGCUGGCAUGGGAUAAGCAACAAGAAAGACACGAUCUCACUGUCAGCUUUCUGUUUCUUAGGGAAGACAAGAGGACAAGGCAAGACAUGGUGAGGGCAGAUAAGACAGGAGCUCGUAUAGAGAAGGGAAAGGAUGCUUUCAGCAAGGAGAUGGGCUCGCGGCCUUGCUGGUGGCAGCCACUGCCCAGGAGUCUUGCCAUCCGUCCCUUGCCUGCCUUCUCCUCCCCUCCCCAGCCCAGUCCCCGACUCCAAGGGCAGAGAUAAAGGAAAGGGUGAUGCGGUGGGUGAGCAACACAAGAUUAGAGACUUCAGAUGAACCAGCCUUUCUCUCCAGCGCUGAGAGUGACGUCUUCCUCCGUGGAGUCUGAAUAACCCUAACUGCUCAGGAAGCCUGGAGUUGGGGACAUCCAAGCAGAUUACGAUCUCAUAAUAAUUAUGCAAUAAAAUAAACCAUGAUUGUUCUGAUCAUC